AUGGCGCCCACAGUCCUCCCUGCCUCUGGCAACCCGCUAGUCUUCUUCGACAUCACCCUCGGCGGUGAGCCCCUCGGCCGCAUCACCUUCGAGCUGUUCACGGACGUAGUCCCCAAGACGGCCGAGAACUUUCGUCAGUUCUGCACGGGCGAGAGCAAGAACAACCUCGGUCGGCCGCAGGGGUAUAAGGGGAGCAAGUUCCAUCGGAUUAUCCCCAACUUCAUGUGCCAAGGCGGUGACUUCCUCAACGGCGAUGGCACGGGGUCGACUUGCAUCUACGGAACCAAGAGCUUCGCGGACGAGAAUUUCUUGCUGAAGCAUGAUACGCCUGGGUUGCUUUCUAUGGCUAACGCCGGCCCCAACACCAACGGCUCGCAAUUCUUCAUCACCACCGUCCCGACCCCUUUCCUGGACGGUAAGCACGUCGUGUUUGGUAAGGUUGUUGACGGCAUGGAUGUUGUCAGGAAGAUGGAGAACACCAAGACUGGAUAUCGCGGCAAGGACGUGCCGAACUUGGAUGUUGUGAUUGCCCAGUGUGGCGAGAUGUAA